GUAAGGGGUGGUCAUAACCCCGCCCCUAGGCGGUCGGUUCCGCCCAUCGCAAACCUCCUAGCCCAGCCCGGGCACGCCUUUGCUGGCUCCCAAACGGCGAGGAGGCGGGUCGCUACCGAGGGAGCAUGUGAAGGGCUGGGCUCAGUGUUUUGGAGGGACAGUUUAGCCCCCACAGAACCAUGGUGCUUGCACAUCAUCGUGUCUUAAAACAGUGGCCUACUUUUGUACCCUGAGCCUGCGAUGACGUCACAGGCCGCUCUGACGUCAUUGUACUCUAUGGCGUAACACAGAGCUGGCUUGAGGGUGGAAUAGUGAGUUGUGAGGCCUGCGGAGCCCUGUUGCACUCUUUGGCCCACGCACCCUAGAAGAAUGGCCUCACCUCGGAAGGGAAAACCCUCGGCUCCACGAGUGGAGACUGCCCACUGCAAAGAGACGUCAACAGUUCGCGUGGAGACCUCGUCCCACCGAGUGGAGACCACCUCUCGGCAGGUGCGAACGUCUUCCCGGCAGGUGGAGACCACCCAGCGCCGCUAUGAAGAGCCUCCUCGUUACCCCUUCGGAAAGCGGCCCCCUCAUGUCCUUGAGGUGGCCUCCCGGCACGUGGAGACCUCCUCGCAGCGCACAGAAACGUCCUCCCGCCACAUCAGGGCCACAUCCCUCCUGGUGGAGACAUCUCUGCACAGUGUGGAGAGCACGGCCCGGCAGGACAAGCAGGCUUCUCGCCAGAACGUGAAAACGACUCGAUGAAAUACUCCAGGGCUGUGGCCAUUAGCCAGGGUGGAAGUGCUCCUGGCUUCCAGUCAGCCAGCUGCCAAGAAGACCAGUAAUCUUUCAUUUCGUGGAAACAGCCCAUGAAUCAAUUGAGAAACAGUCUAGCUGCCCUUUCUUGCUCUUAUUGACCGUACUACACUUGGACCAUCCUACGUUUGACCCAGUGAACUAUUUUAAUUGGAAGCAGGAACAGUGGAUUUUCAGCCCCAUGAUCCUGUUUAAAUUGAGUUGAUGAACAAAGAGGUGGAGUCUUGGAACCAGCAGAGUUUCUUCUUUGUGAUGCCACUUAUUCAUGUUUCAAAGCUGAAAUU